AUGGCGAACAAAGUAACCUCGGGUGAUAGUCGGACUAGGAGCUCUGUGUCGAUUUUUAUAGUAGCCGGUCUCUGUUGUUUCUUCUAUUUGCUGGGAGCGUGGCAAAGGAGUGGGUUCGGGAAGGGAGACAGCAUAGCGUUGGAGGUGACUAAGACGAGUAAAGAUUGCAACAUCUUGCCAAGUCUCAAUUUCGAGACGCAUCAUAGCAGUCGAGCUGGCAGUAUCGAUGAGUCUGAGUCGAAAGUGAAAGAAAUUCAGCCUUGUCAUCCUCGCUACACCGACUACACACCAUGCCAAGAUCAAAGGCGGGCUAUGUCCUUCCCGAGGGAAAAUAUGAUCUACCGAGAAAGGCACUGUCCUCCUCAAGAAAAGAAGUUGCAUUGCCUUAUCCCAGCGCCUAAAGGAUACGUAACCCCGUUCCAGUGGCCAAAGAGUCGAGAUUAUGUUCCUUAUGCGAAUGCACCUUACAAGAGCUUGACGGUCGAGAAGGCCAUUCAGAACUGGGUUCAGUAUGAAGGGGAUGUUUUUAGGUUCCCGGGAGGGGGAACGCAGUUUCCUCAAGGAGCAGAUAAAUACAUUGAUCAGCUUGCUUCGGUGAUCCCAAUUAAAGACGGGACCGUUCGUACUGCGUUGGAUACUGGUUGUGGGGUUGCGAGUUGGGGUGCGUAUCUUUGGAAGAGGAAUGUUAUAGCCAUGUCCUUUGCUCCGAGAGAUUCACAUCAAGCUCAGGUCCAGUUUGCCCUUGAAAGGGGUGUGCCCGCUGUUAUUGGUGUACUCGGGACCAUCAAAAUGCCAUAUCCAUCUCGAGCAUUCGAUAUGGCUCACUGUUCUCGUUGCCUAAUCCCAUGGGGUGCUGCAUGUAAGAAUUUAAGCUCAAAUAAACAAUGGAAUCCUCAUGAUGGAAGUUGA